GGUAAGUAAAUAGAGUUAAGAGGAUAAACUUAAAAAUCAUCCCAAAUACUAAUGUAGCAAACACUGUCCUAAAAUUCACGCUCAAAAAUUAUUCCUUCGAAAUUUUUAACGUUUUUAAGUUAUUUUGUCUUUUUGUUCUCUAGCUGGAUAGCAACUAAAGUCGAGCAGCUAUGACAGAUUCGGAUGAGACCGCCUGGAUCCAUUGGUUUUGCAAGCAGCGUGGCAACGAGUUCUUCUGCGAGGUUGAUGAGGACUAUAUCCAUGACAAGUUCAACCUUAACUUUCUUGAUUCGAACGUGACCAACUACCGAUCUGCCUUAGAGGUGAUCCUCGAUCUUAAUUCGGGCUCAGCAUCGGAUGCACCUGCUGAACCGGAACUGGAGGCCAGCGCAGAGAAGCUGUAUGGCCUAAUCCAUGCCCGGUUUAUCCUAACUAACCGGGGCAUCGAGCUAAUGUUGAAUAAGUACCACAAGGGAGCCUUUGGUUUCUGUCCCCGUGCCUUUUGCCAGCGCCAGUCAGUGCUGCCUAUCGGACUGAGCGAUAAUCCCGGUGAGGAGAUGGUCCGCAUCUAUUGCCCCAAGUGCAACGAUGUGUACAUCCCUAAGGCAGCUAGACAUUCUAAUCUGGAUGGCGCCUUCUUUGGCACCGGAUUCCCGCAUAUGCUUUUUAUGGUGAAUCCAGAUGCACGGCCCAAGCGGACAAAGCAGAAAUUUGUGCCCAGGCUCUAUGGCUUCAAGAUUCAUCAGUUGGCUUACCGAUCGCAGGCCGAGAUGAUUAAAGAUAAUACGCAUCCUCAAGGACCAGAUUUGGAGACCCCAUCCCAUUUCUGAUCCCUAAUGCAAAAAUUCUGUUGUGAAAAUGUCGAGUGUCCCCUAUAAUCGUAAUGUACUACUGUUUGGCUAUUUCGUUGGUUUGCGCUGUCUUAUUAAACUCUCAUAACCAUAACUGAUCAGCCUGUGAACCGCUUGACAGUCUUUUGUUCGGAUUUGAUGGCUUGCGAGCAGGCCCAGAAUCGUCGUUGUCUUUCCCAUCUUUACAGCAUUUAGCUGGGUCAUAUGCAAAUCUGCGGUAAUUGGGUCUCAGGUGAAGCUCCCAUCGGAUUGGAUUUGGCUGAGCUGCAAGUGAAGGGCUGAUCUCUGGCUUGCGCAAUGCGUCUGAAUGUUAAGUAUACGCCAUGUGGCGCGGACAACCUGUGGGAGAACCUCUUCGGAGCUGGGUUGCACAACUUAUUUCCGAAUCUUGUGCAAAAGAUCUUAUGGCCGAGUGUUUGGGCACAGGGCCGUCAAUGACUUUCAUGCUUCAUUGGCGUUAAAAUGCUAUGCUUUUUGGCUGCGCUUGUUUGCCUGCCUCUUUUUAUCGCCGCCUGGUCAUCUCCAGACUGCCUUACUUGGGCAUGUCCAGUAGUUCUUCUUCCGCCACUUAAAGUUUCUCUAAUUUAUGCAUUGCAAAAUGACCCCAAGCAGCAGCUGCCGCUGCUUCUGUUUUUUUUUUUUUUUUGUUUAUUUUUUGUUACCCACACCCUAGAAAUGUACUGGGAUAGCUGGCUGCAAUUGUUUCCCAGGCGGAUGAGAUGGGUGUCGUGUUCUGAGUCCGUAACUUAACGAAAAAAAUAAAUAAACAGUAGCUAUUCCCGACAAAUUGAUGGCUAUCUUAGCCGCGAUGAUGACAGCUUAUGAAAUUUAUUAUGCGGAUUUACGCUUGAUUAAUCGCCCUGCUGAACUUGACUCUUAAUAUGGCUUAAAUAUUAAUAUUUCAUGUCUUCUCCUUCCGAUUAGCGGACCAAGUGCUAUGUCAGACAAUGAAAGCUUCAUUAGCAUGAUGAGCUGUUUAAUUGAUUGAUCGAUCUAUUGCCAAAAACGGAUUUCAAAUGAGGGCGAUUGAUUGGCUUGUAGGAAAUAUGUGAAUAAAAAAUUUGAAAAUAUGUUUUUAUCACCUUUGUGAGCGAGUUUAAAAUAUGAGGAAAUGUAAUUUGAAGUUUGUAUUGUUUUUCUAACAUGUUUUAAAUAUAUAAAUAAUAAAAAUUAUUCAAAUAUAUCGUAACUUUUAUAUUUUACUGGUUUAAAUUGAAAUCAAGUUCACUUUAUCCUGACUAUUCACUCCUUAUGAAUAUAUCCUUGAUAACCUCGAUAGCUAUUGUAUCCUAAUAUACUCGAAAUACAUAAUAUCCUUUAUCCUGAAUAUUUAUAUUGUAAUCAUUCUUUAAGAUUCAUGCCCUUAUCCUUUAGUGAGGAUCCUUUUUCACACAGCACACCACUUUGCA